ACAGGCGUCCUACGACCUUCAGCAGCUUUAUUUGAAUUGCUGGUGAGAGAUUAAGAGAGGUUCACACUGAGAAAAGCAACUGUGCUCAGUUCAAGGAAUACUUGGGAUGGCACCUUUAAUGUUUAAAGAUGCUUUCUGGGGGUCAGAGUUUACCUGUCAUGCCGGGUAUGACGCUGUGAUCCAAAGGUUACGGGAUGGAAGGGAAAUGUGCAAAGAUGUGGAGGAGCUUUUAAAAAUGAGGGCGCUAGCAGAGGAGAAGUAUGGGAGGGAACUGGUGACUAUAGUUCGCAAAGCUGGAGGACACACAGAGAUCAGCACCUUGAGAGCAUCUUUUGAACAAUUAAAAACACAAAUCGAGAACAUCGGGAACUUUCACAUCCAAUUGGCUGAUGUAUUGAAAGAGGAGGUGAAAAAGCUUGAGACAUUCAGAGAACGGCAGAAAGAGCAGAGGAAGAAGUUUCAAAGCAUCAUGGAGAAGGUUCAGAAGAAAAAGGUUUCUUUGUACAAGAAGACCAUGGAGUCAAAGAAGAACUAUGAGCUGAGAUGCAGGGAGGCGGACGAGGCCGAACACGGCGCUGAGAAGAUGAGCGUUACUUCCAAAAACCCAGAAAAGGUUCGUCUCAGAGCCAAGCAGUGCAGACAGACAGCCAAUGAAGCAGAGAAGCUGUACUUUACCAACACUGUUCAGCUAGAAAGUGUUCGCCAGGACUGGGAAGAAACACACAAGAGCACAUGUGAGGUGUUCCAGCAACUGGAGGGGGACCGCAUCAGCAUGCUCAGGUAUGCUCUCUGGGACCACUGCAAUCAUUUCUCCAUGCAGUGCGUCAAAGAUGAUGAGUUUUACGAGGAGGUGAGGAAGGUACUGGAACGGUGUGACAUCACGACGGACAACAACUAUUUCAUAGAGACGAAAGGCACCGGAUUGAGGCCUCCAGAAGCCAUUCUGUUUGAGAGCUGCUACCAGGGGGUCACCUCCAGGGACAGCAAUGGCCAAGCUCAAUUCACAGGAGCAGGAGACGCCAUGAGGAGAUCACUCAGCUGCUCUGGUCCCCUUUUUGUGAGUUCUGUGAGCAUCAACGUGGACAGUCUUCAAAACUCAACCUCAGCACUGACAUCUGUUGACGAGUCUCAGAUUUCAGACGGAGGAUAUGCACCCCUACCAGGCCUCCAGUAUGCACAAUCACUGGCCACACUUCCAUCUGAUGAAGACAGUUACAUUGUACUUUAUGAAUUUGCUGCACAGGAAGGAGAUGAACUGUCGGUCAGUAGAGGGGACAUGGUCCAAGUGCUGCAGCGAGGACACGAUGGCUGGUGGCUAGUGGACAGGAACGGGCUGACUGGACUGGUGCCAGGAAACUAUCUGGGCAAAAUCUGAACGCACGCGCACACACACACACACACACACAAACAUACAUACAUACACAGGAAAG